GAGAGCCCCCACCCCCUCGUCUCUCUCUCCCUCCCUCUCUCUCUGCCUCUGCCCCCCGGCUCCUCUUGCGCCCGCCCCGGCCCCGAUUGUUGACAAAAGACGCUGCGAGACGGAGCGUAAGGAGCCCAUUCUCCGGUACCGGUGAGCGGGUCUGCCCGGUUACUAGACUCCAUUCCCUGAACAGCUCCAGGAGGAGGAUCGGGACGGCGGCGGCGGCGGUGGGGGGGUGAGGAGGACUCCUUCGCUCCUAGAAAACCGUGUGGCCGAGGUGAUCCGGGUGUCGGUGGUGAUCGGACCGCAGCAGGCCGGCGUGAAGUGGACGCCCCCCUCUUCCUCUCCUCACCUCUCCUCUCCCCUCUGAAAACCACCCCAUUACUGGUAUUUACCGACAAAACCCACUGCCGCGAUGGGUCAGUCACUGUGAGAGGGAAGAGCGAGGCCAGUGUUACAGGAGGAGGAGGAGGAGGCCGUGGGCAGGUCUAUUUAGCCGGGAAUGGUGUGAUCUGAGACGGCCAGGCAGUCUGGAUCUAACCGGGGACCCCUCAUUCCCCCGGAGCCUCCGCGGCUCCAAGCCGCGUCCUGAGCCCUCCAAGAUGGGGAAGUGCGACGGAAGAUGCACGCUGCUGGUGAUAUGUUCACUGCAGUUGGUGGCAGCCCUUCAGAGGCAGGUGUUUGACUUUCUGGGCUACCAGUGGGCUCCCAUCCUGGCCAACUUCCUGCACAUUAUGGCUGUCAUCCUGGGCAUGUUCGGCACGGUGCAGUUCCGCUUCAGAUACCUCAUCUUUUAUGCAGUAUGGCUGGUCCUUUGGGUGGGCUGGAACUCUUUCAUCAUCUGCUUCUACCUGGAAGUUGGAAACCUGUCUCAGGACAGGGACUUUCUCAUGACGUUCAACACAUCCCUUCAUCGUUCCUGGUGGAUGGAGCAUGGCCCUGGUUGCCUGGUAACGCCGGUGCUUGACUCACACAUUGCCCCUGAUGACCACCAUGUCAUCACUGUCUCUGGGUGUCUCCUUGACUACCAGUACAUCGAGGUGUUGAGUUCAGCCAUUCAGAUCCUAUUGGCUCUCUUCGGCUUUGUGUACGCCUGCUACGUGAGCAAAGUCUUCCAGGAUGAUGAGGACAGCUUUGAUUUCAUCGGUGGCUUCGACUCUUAUGGCUACCAGCCUCCUCAGAAGUCCUCUCAUCUGCAACUGCAGCCGCUUUACACGGCUGGUUAACCCAUGGUAGCGCCCCCUUCAGGCCAAACCCUGACAGUGUCACUGUGGAUGGAAAAAGGUGGUGGCCCUGAUUACACUCACUCUGUGUCACAGUUUACCCGAAGAAUGGACUUAACCCCACCCAGAGGGACGGAUGAGAUGUGUGAAUGAGCGAGUGUGUGUGCGUGUGUGUGUGUGUGUGUGUGUGUGUGCGUGUGUGAAGAUGAAAUACAGCCCUGAUUCGAAUGUACAGAGCUCAGGGAAGAACCAGCAUGCCAGGUAUUGCGAUAAGACAAAGGCGAGGAAGACGACAAACAAAGAGCUGUGGACACAUCUGUUAUGUCACCAGAGACACACUUCACUACUAAAACUGCCAGCUCUCAACACUCCCACAUGUGUGUGUCUGUGUGUGUAACGCAUAUGUAUGACUGUUGUAACUCCAGACAAGGACUAGCAGGUGCUUUGUGGUAGAACCCUGGAUUCGUACCACUCAGCACCCAUGUGAUUUUUUUAAUGUUUGGGGUGCUUAUGUGUGUGUUUGAGGGGUGGGUGGGGGUCACAUAAUAAAAAGAGGCACGGCUCGUACCUGUUGUCGUUUUUAGAAUGUGGUGAUGUCAAACUAGAGCAGUCUUAUACGACCCGUUCCCAAAGCCAUCUCCCCCUUUUGUCUUGCCUGUUGAAACCAGUGUGUUGACAUUUGAGCUUACGCUGUUCACUGGCUCAUGGAGAAAAACCAAACAGAAGCUGGUGGAGCAGAAAGUGCUUAAAGAUGUGGCUUAUAUUUUUUUUUGAAAAUCCAGUUGUAGAUUGUUUUCAGGAAAAACUCAAAUCAGCUUACAUGUAAAGCUGUUGAUUAGGGCUGCAGAUGGCUUUGGGAUCAGGCAUUAGUGUGUGGGGGGAGCAGCGGGGAUACUGUGCAUGUAAAUAACCAGCCAAUGAUUGUUUUGUUGGUUCCAUUUAGAGAAACAUUUGGGUUGGGGUGGGUUGCUGGGGUGUUGGGAACAGCUGGGGGGUGGGGAUGCACAUCAAAGUUUUUCUUCAUACCUGUUUCUCUCGUUCUCUCUGUUGGAUUUCCAGAGGCUGCCUCUUUGUGAACUCAUCCCCCUUAUCACCCCCCUCCCUCCCCCCUUCACUAACUAUAACAUACACCCCUGAAGUGAAUCAACAGAGCAUGGCAAUAAUA